CAAGGCGCAAAAGGCUGAGCCAGCCUGCCCACGGCCGUUCCUUCCCCCGUCCUCCCCCCGUUUAUUUGUUCACUCUGGGCUCAAGGUCCUUCCUGUGCCGAGAGUCGGGAGGCCAUUGAGACGAACCUGGGCGCAGCGCAGGCCACAAUGCUCUCCUGGGUGCAGGGCUUCCUCCCGCUGGCAUGGACCUCCAGCCUUGUGGACUCCCUCCUACAGGGGCUGGUGGGGGCCUGUGCCGUCUGCAUCCUGGGCAGCCUGAUGAGGAUUUACCUCUACAUCCAGUGCUUGAAUGACCCCGACAGGCUGAAGGAGAAGGAGGAGCUCCGGCAGCAGCGGCCCUUCCUGGACCGGCUCCAUCUCGUGGUGCUGACGGCCAUCUUCACCGUGGUGGGGCACCGGGUAGCCGCUCUGAUCGUCUUGGAGUUCUCCCUCCGGGCAGUGUCCGCCAUCCUUUCCCUCAACAAGGGGGCCCUGAGCAGCCAGCUCUACCUGCUCUGCCAAUACUCGCUGGGCUGCGGCGUCUCCUGCAGCCUCGGCUACCUGCAGGAAGGAGCCCCUCACCGCACCUGGAACCUCCUCCUGGCCGUGGGGCUGGCCACCCUCCUGACUCACUACGUCUGGCGCCUGGCCUGGCACGUCUCCACGCUGUACGAGCUGCACUGCAAGGAGCGCUACUGCGGGGGCUGCCUCUUCCUCCUCACCACGUGGCAUGGCAUCCCCCGGCUGCUCUGCCGCGCCCUCCAGGUGACCUUCGGGGUGGCCAACUUGGCGGCCGUGGCUCUGAUCAACCGGGACUUCCUCUCCACCACCGAGGCCAUCCGGUUCUGGACGCCGCUGACCAUCUGCUACACGCUUCUGAUCAUCUACAUGCAGGAGGAGCAGGACCACAACCCCAACCAGCAGAUGGCUUUCCAGACCGCCUUUGUCAGGAUGGGCGGCCUCCUGGUCUUGUUGAUGACGGUGGGCCAGUGGAGGGACAUCGUGAACGUCCUCAUCUCUCUGGUGGGGGAGGUCUGGUGCCUGAUGCGGAGCAGGUCCAUGCUGGAGGUUUGCAGGAAGCAGGACGAGAGCCUCUCGCUCUCUGCGUCGAAGUCCGGUCCACCUCGCGGCGCGCCAAGAGCAUCCCCCCUCCAGAUCUCCGGCAGCAGCGACCGAGGCCACGUCCUGAAAACGAGGAGCCUCCAGCCUAGAGACCUUUAGUGGCCAGGCAGGCCACAGGACCAUCUCCCUUCUGGGCUCUCCGGCUUUGGUGUCAAAACGAUUUGUGGGGCGCCGUGGCACCGCAAUUCCAUCUCCGGUCUGCCUUCCUGGGGACAGCAGAGAGGCCAAAACGGGUCAGACUGGGAGAGGCUUCAAUCGGUGGGUGGCCAGGGGGAGUCCAUUUGGGCUAAGGGGAGGCGCCGGAGACCUGGCUGCCAUUACCCUGGGGAAGGCCGAGAGGGUAGGAGUCACCCCGGUUCGGGGUGCCAGGGCUCCCAGUUAAAGGGAGCUGAGCCUGGGUUGACCCCUGUUCCUCCCCGAGAGAUUUUGAGGGUCAGGUGGGCCUAGUGCCCCCCACAGAAGGAAAGCUGCCACUUACUUUGGGAGGCAGUUGUGCCUUUUGGGCUUAGAUUCCAGCAUCACGUCCAGUCCCACCCUCAAUCCUCCACACACCCAGGAACUGGCAGGUGGGCCUUCAUCCCUGGCUCCCGGCUUGCCUGUUUCGCUCUCUCUUCUCCUGGCUAAGGUUUUCCCCAGUGGGAGAAAUCAAAUGAAGGCGAAGUUAUUUCAGUCAGCGGUCCUUCUUCUUGGAGCCUAUCCUUCUUGGGGUCAUUGGACGUUGGGCGAUCCUAUUUUUUAUCCAUAGCCGCAUGAAAAAAGUGCUACUGAGUUUUGUCCAAACCGGUCCCUUUGAUUUUUUUUUUAAAAAAACAA